GCCUGAGUAAAAACUUCUCAAUCCGAAAAUGAUAAAACAUAUUUCAUAGAAAUAAAUGAAAACUACAGAAAAUGAAGAAAGCGAAAACCCGAAGUCCACAGCUGUAUAUGCAUGUCCGUUAGUGCGCAGCGGUACAUGUCCCUCGUAUAUCGUGGUGUUUGUGGUUUUUUGUUCCUUCCUGUCUUCAAUCUCAUCUCUUUGCUGUCCCAAAGUCCUUUUGGUUCUCUUCCCUCCAUCAUAUAUCCUCGUUGUUUGGGUAGGGACUCAUCGAACGACAUUGGGUGCUUCAUGGCCUUUUCGGGAUGAGUUCCUUUCUUUCUUCUCUCUGCAUUUCUUGAGUUGUCUUUCCGAGUUUCAUAACCUCAAAAAUCUUACCCGGACACAUUGCUGGAGAAUUUAUUAUUUAGUUACCUUGCUUAUAACACCUUCCUUUCUCAUAUUCAUUCUUCUCUUGAAUCCGCUAUAGCCUGCCUCUUUACUCUCUCUCUCUCUCUCUCUCUGUAAAUGGGGUGCAGUCACAACUUCAUUUGCAACUGUAGAAUUUGCUAUUUUGCUAUUUCGAUUCUCUUUCUCAUUCUGAGUUCUACCCAGCUGAGAAGUACCAUGGCUGAAGCUAGAGGUAGAGCACUUACCGAACCGUUUUCCCAGACAGAGAGACAAGGCAAGGCAAUUUUGAGAGGCAGGAUAGGAUCAAGGCCUCCGAGGUGCGAGAGGAGGUGCAACUCAUGUGGGCACUGUGAGGCAAUUCAGGUCCCUGCUAAUCCACAACUUCAGAAUGGGAACAAAGACUACUUUUCAAGGGUCUCAAAUUUUGCAUAUUCAAGAGGAGAUGACAGUUCCAACUACAAGCCCAUAAGUUGGAAGUGCAAAUGUGGGAAUUUCAUAUUCAACCCAUAAUUACUAAUUGCAUCAGAGUUUCUCUGGUGAUGAUCAAGUAUAAUAUCUACUUUUGAGCACUGUAAAUGCAUUACACUAACUAGAAUUUUAGCGUCUCUCUAAUUUCUUGUCUAGAUAUUUUCCCAUGCAAUUUUAGGAUUACGGAAAGAUCUUCAUGAGUAAUGCUAGAUAUAGUUAUUGGAGUGUGUAAACAUGAUACAAUCAUUUGAAAAUGAGUAGAGUUUCCUAUUAAAAAAUUAAUGUUUUAAAUUUCGUUUCA